AGGUUCCGUCCUUCCCUGCUUUCCCGAGUGGAAGGCUGCCCGCAUCCCUCACUAAUGGGAGGGAAGGACCAGCAUUGCUCAGGCCUGCAAGCUUGCCAAGCAAAAGGAACCCAAGCAAGAACUCAUCAUGCCAAUCAAACCUGUGGGGUGGAUAUGUGGGCAGGUGUUGAAGAACUUUUCCGGAAGAAUUGAGGGGAUCCAGAAAACAAUCAUGGACCUUGUAGAUGAGUUUAAAGAUGAUAUUUCUACCAUCCCAAGAGUAUCACAGUCUGACCAGAAAAGAGAAAGCAUGAAAAAACCAUCUAAAGUCAAAAUGGCCAUUGCUUUAGCCAAGAUCAACCGAGGAGCAUUAAUUCAAGGACUGAACAGCAUAUCCAGAUCCUCCAAAUCAGUGGCCAAACUCCUGCAGCCUCGGCUUGCUUGUAGACUUUUAGAGUUAAGGGGCAUAUCGCACCGCCUGCUGAGGGAAGUUAAUGCACCAAAGCAGCCCCUAUAUAACAUGCAGAUCAGAAAGGGUUCUUUGUUUGAUAUCAUUUCCUUUCCAGCAAAGACUGCUUUAACUAGCAUAAUGUAUGCUUCAUAUGCAGCACUAAUUUAUUUGACAGUCUGUGUUAAUGCUGUUCUGGAGAAAGUAAAGAAAAUUUUCCAAGAAGAAGAAUCCAUAAGGCAAAACAGAGAGGAGAGCAAACAUCUUAGAAAAGCCUUUUCUGAGCCUGCAAUUUCUGAGCCUAUGUUUCCCGAUGGUGAAAUCAAAGUGAAAUCUUACUGUUCAUUACUGGAUCAGCCAGACAAUAUUUCUGAUUUUCCUGAUAAUAUGCUGAGUAAUAAGAUCCAGGUUUUACAUUCUGUGUUUGACCAAUCAACUGAAAUAAAUGAAUGAGCAAAUCUGAACAUAAA